AUAUGCACACGAAGACAUACUCAUGAUGUAACGCCGUCGGACUCAUACGCACAUACACGUACACAGAGCUCACAGUUGAAUCUUCACUCUCACUUCUCAAAAGCCGUCACCAACACCACUCACUCCCACUCGCAAACAGAGAGAAAUGACAAGUAUUGCUGCCUAAUAAUCGUUGGAGAUCCGACCUGACCAAUCGUCUCAAAGUCUGAGAUCUUUCCCUCAGAGAACACAACUGCUCGCUACCUAGGGUUUGGUUUUUGUAAUGGCUUCUGAGGAUGUAAAGACCAGCGAAUCGGCGGUGUCGACGAUUGUCAAUCUGGCGGAGGAGGCGAAGCUUGCAAGAGAAGGCGUUAAAACUCCAAGCUAUGCGAUUCUAAGUAUCUGCAAAUCUCUUGUCGCUGGAGGAGUCGCUGGCGGAGUAUCUCGCACGGCUGUUGCACCAUUGGAACGAUUGAAAAUAUUACUGCAGGUUCAGAAUCCCCAUAGCAUAAAAUACAAUGGAACAGUUCAAGGGUUGAAAUAUAUAUGGAGAACUGAGGGAUUUCGUGGACUGUUCAAAGGCAAUGGUACUAAUUGUGCUCGUAUUGUUCCAAACUCAGCUGUCAAGUUCUUCAGCUACGAGCAAGCUUCUAAGGGAAUACUGCAAUUGUAUCAACAGCGUACUGGGAAUGAAGAUGCUCAACUCACUCCUCUGUUACGCCUUGGAGCUGGAGCAUGUGCUGGAAUAAUUGCCAUGUCUGCUACUUAUCCCAUGGAUAUGGUACGAGGAAGAUUAACUGUACAGACAGAUAAGUCUCCUUAUCAAUACAGGGGAAUGUUCCAUGCUCUGUCAACUGUGCUACGCGAAGAAGGUCCACGGGCUUUGUACAAGGGCUGGCUUCCUUCUGUAAUUGGAGUUAUUCCAUAUGUGGGUCUCAACUUUGCUGUGUAUGAAUCUCUGAAGGAUUGGUUAAUUAAAGCUAGGCCUUUUGGACUAGUUGAAGAUUCUGAGUUGAGUGUAACUACAAGACUUGCAUGUGGGGCUGUCGCUGGAACUGUUGGCCAAACAGUCGCUUACCCUCUUGAUGUCAUUCGUCGAAGAAUGCAGAUGGUAGGAUGGAAGGAAGCUUCCUCAGUUGUCACUGGUGAUGGGAAGAGCAAGGCCACUAUAGAAUAUAAUGGCAUGAUUGAUGCAUUCCGGAAAACUGUUCGGCAUGAGGGGUUUGGUGCAUUAUACAAGGGUUUGGUUCCAAAUUCUGUGAAGCUGAUGAAGCUGAGGCUUAUGAAGUCAUGGACUCUUAAUGCCUAUUCUAUUGCAUCAGGACAAAGGAUCAUCUUAGCAGUCUGGCCUUAUUUUCUCUUGUAUACCAGAAAUAGUCAAGGACAAAAUUUCCAAGGCCUUAAGCAUCCUUUGUGGGACAUUCCUUCAAAAUACCUGGGGAUUCCUUCUUCUUGGGGAAAAACCAAAACACAAACUCUGAUGUUGCCAUGGAGAGCGUUAAGCAAAAACCGAGGGCUGGAAAGAAAAACUCUUGCAUUGUUGAUCUUAGGAUCAUCAAUAUUAGUUGAAGUCUAUGGGGCUGAAAAUGCAAAAAAGGUGGCAGCUAUUCCGAAACCUACAGGUUCUCAAACUAGAAGACUGGUUGCUGGAAAAAUUCUUGAUGUUGUCUCAUCUUUGGAAAAACCAGAAAGUGCUAAAGCCUUUAUCAGCAAUCUUUGCUGGAGUUUUGGAAUGACGAAGCUCAGGAAUGGGAGCUCAGUGGAGGUAUUAAGAAGAGAACAUGAUCCAGGUGGCUCUUGGUUUCCUGGAACUAUAAUUUCAGCAUCUAGAAAUCACUAUGUUGUUAAGUACAAAUUCCUUGUGAACCACAAAAGAGAGCCAGUUUUGGAGAAGGUUCAUGUGGAGGAUGUUAGGCCUCAGCCACCGCAUGAGACUGGGAAAAGAUGGAUGGUCAGUGAUAUAGCUGAGGUGUUUGAUUCUCAAUGUUGGAGGGUAGGCAAAGUUGCAAAGGCGUUGAGGAAGAACUGGUUUGUCAUUAGGUUAUUUGGGUCCAUUCAACUUAAAGAAUUUCAUGAAUGUAACAUGAGAAUUCGACAGUCUUGGCAUAAUAACAAGUGGUCAGUCAUUGGGAAG